AUGGUCAACGACGAAGAGUCUCGGCACGCUUUGGUGUCCGAAGAGACGCCAUUGCUCGCAGACACUAGCAUUGAAGAGACAACAGCAGCAGGAGCACAGAAUGGCUCUGGAAACGAUGACAAUGUUGCGCCGACUCCUCUCUCAGGGAAGCGCGCGGUGGUGGUUGCUUUCGCAGUUGCAUGUCUCUUAUUUAUUCAGGCUACCAAUAUUACAACAAUUUCAACAACCCAAUCGGAUAUCGCUGCAGAUCUCGACGCUUUCUCCAACACGCCGUGGCUGACAUCAUCGUAUAUGAUUUCCGUCGCUAGUCUCACACCAGUCGGGGGCCGUCUAUCGCAGAUAUUCUCCCUUCGCUCAAUUCUAUCCCUAUCGAGUUUUCUCAUAUCGGUCGGUUUAUUGAUUACAGCCACUGCUCAGAGAUUUCCGGUCUUUAUUGUUGGCCGCGUCAUUACUGGAUUGGGGUCUGCUCUGAUAUACUCAACGCAAACUAUAAUCGCAUUGGAACUGUCUUCAAAGAAAAGACGAGGCCUUCUCAUAGGAUGCGUAUAUACCACCGUCACAGUGGGCAUUGCAGCAGGCGCUAUAAUAGCCGGCGCCAUGGCUCCGAGGUUUGGAUGGCGUUCGCUAUAUUAUAUACAAUCUCCGAUGUGUUUUGUCCUCACUCCGAUCCUAUACCUAGCAAUUCCGCCAACCGGCCAGGACAAAGAGUCCGGACCCGAGUCUUUCAAGAAGAGACUCGCGCGAAUUGACUACUGGGGAAUUCUAACGAUGACUGCAGCAAAUGUUCUGUUGCUCUAUUCACUUUCCAGGCCCAACAUCUCCUAUACAUACAUUGCGAUUUCUCUAGUUUUGUUCGCCAUUUUCGUGGCAGUUGAAUCAACACCUGCCAUCGCCGCCGAGCCUAUAGUUCCAAUUUCAAUCGUCCGUUCUCGCGGAGUUUUAUUGUCUGGUAUAUCAUCGACCGGCAUUAUGAUGGCCCGAUGGGCAAUUCUAUUCUACUUACCGGUCUACGGUAUUGCAGUCCGCGGGUGGAGUCCCGCAGAAGGAGGUGUUAUUAUGAUCCCGACCAAUGCUGGUUUUGCUUUGGGUGGCCUUUUGGUGGGCUGGAUACACAUUCGAAAGGCUAAAAGCUACUAUAUAUCAUCCUUGGUCAUUUCAAUACUCUUCAUGCUGAGUUGUCUCUCGAUUGCUGUUCUCUCAACUCCCAAUUCAUCCGUCAUUCUUUAUGCGAUUGUGCUCUUCACAAACGGAUUCACCUGUGGAGCAUUUCUCAACUACACCGUAUCGCAUGUGCUGCACCUCACAUCACCUUCAACGCAUUAUAUUGUCACCGGUCUCAUCUCGACAUUCCGGUCAACCGCCGGUAGUUUUGGAUCUGCCAUCGGUGGCGGUAUUUUCUCGCGAGUAUUGAGACGCCGCCUCGAAGAAGGGUUCGCUGCCGGUAGCUACGACGACCGCGCCACCCCUGAUAAUCAACAGGAAUUGAUUCGAAAGCUAAUGGGCAGUCCCGCUCUAGUGUGGCAGCUAGAAGGCUAUGAGAAACAAGCCGCCAUUUCGGCAUACCAGGAUGCGCUCAGGACAAUGUUCUUGGCGGGUGCCGCGUUGGUGUUGUUGAUGACAUUUACCCAGGCGGGUACUGGGUGGACUCCUCCUGUUGAAGUUGAGGACAAUGAAGUCGUUGCUAACGCACAUGAGCAUGAGGAUUGA